AAGGUCUUGCCUCAAACUCCCUCCAAAGGUCAAGCCUCACCAUCAGGAGGACAGACCGGUCAAUUUGCAGAAUUUGGUGCUCUUCCAGCUCCUAGAUCAUUUACAGUCGGUGGACCAACUUAUAGACCUCCGACACCUCCUACUUCCCCACGACAAGAAUCACCACCUUUACUACCUCCCAAAUACUCCUUCCUACCUACUCGGAUACCACCCGUUACCACUUCGUCGUCCAAUUCGAUCGAUUCUUUUGGAUACAGCACCGAUGAGGUUACUUCAGGUAGGAAGUAUGGGAUACUAGGGGAAGUUGGCGCGAGGGUAAUCUUGAGCUUGGAAGAUGUAGGGCAGCUCAUACAGGAUGUAGGGAAGCAACUUGAGAAACGAGGAUUGGCAACCGCUUUACUGUUCUCUAAUCAAGCAUUGGAUGUCAAUCAAACGAGAAUAAAGAUGCUCAUAGAGUCUUACAUGAGUUCUCUGACAGACAAUGGUUCUCGCACAAAAUCAUCAGACUUUGCACAGGAUAUUAAAUUCGCCAAAGAACACGAACUCGCUUGGCUUCUUCGAUGGGGACUAAGUCGUAUUACCCGUAUCCGAGAGGGAACUCGGGAGCUAUGUCAUGGUGUGCUAGAAUGGGAGGUCUACGAAGAAUGGCGAGGUCGUGAACGAGCUGCCAAUUACCCUGCCGACGCUUUCCCCUCCCUCGCUGCUCUCGUAGCGGAGACCGUCUACUCGAAAAUUCUCCACCCGAUCUUUAGACUCUUGGCAAGAUUCGCUGCUCACUCCCAUCUCUCCGGACUCACCCCUCAUUCUUUAUCCUCUCUUUUCGCUCCUCUCUUGUUCGACAUCCCAGCAUCUUCAUCCGCCAUGUCCGCUCACGCCGCAUACGUACGUGCAGCGUGUGCUACGGAACAUCUUCUCCUCUCCCACAUACGUUCCUCCGGCUCGAAUAAGACUGGUCUUGGAGUUAGUGAUCUUCCCGCUCGACUUCAAGAGUGGGUCCGAGGUUAUCCAUCCAUGGUAGCGUCAGAUGCCGAUUUAGCACGAGGCCAACCAAGACGAGGUGCCCGUGUGGUCCGCUGCGAACGUGCCUCGCGACAAGUUCGAGCAUACUCCCGUGAUCUGGUCGUACAGGCGGAGCUAUGGGCUCAAGACGUUCCGGGGAAAUGGGAAGCAUGGGAAAGGGUCGUACUGAAGAACAAACGGGGCAAUGCGGCUAGACCAAAAUUUUCGUCAGAUUAUAGAAAGAAAAUGUUGGUCAAGGACAUGCUUCCCCUUCCUGCUUCCAGCAGCGAACUGGGUAGAAAAAUCUCAUAUGGUAAGGCAGCACGACCAGGAACCAUCAAAGGCAAGCUGGAUGGGAGACCGCUCGAGGAAGAUGGGGAUGGCGCGAGGUGGGGAAGUUUGGCUGGGAAAGAAUGGAGCAUGUUCGAGGAGGGUGGUUUUGAUGCUGCUGCGGGGGAGAAGAAGGAGGAUAUUAGGAGUAAACUUCAGUUUGAUCUGAGUGAAAGUGCAAAGAACAGUCUCAAAGCUAGAAGAGAUACGAUGGACUGGACCGAGUUCGCCUCCAGUACAGGCGGUUUCAACCGUACCGACCCCCUACUCGACAUAUCACUCACCUUUUCACAGCCCAUCGCGGUAUCCAUUACCGAAUGGCCGAAAGAACGUGACGAACUACGUAAAAAGCUUCAAAAAUCUCAGAAAGAAGCUGUCCCGUUCGCCUACGACACCACCCCGAAAGUUGGCACCGAGGUAGCCCUGGAUCCUCAUGCUCGGGCCGAUAGUACGGGGAGGGUAUAUAUCGAAGAGUCUUUCGUAGAUGUAUGGGCGGACUUGAUGAUGGGUGGGGGAUGGAUGGACAGGGAUGAGUUGACGUUCAAAGAGGCAAAUUGGGCUGUGAUUGAAUACAAAGCUCGCCCUGGUAGACCAGAAUCGGGCUCCCUAGAUCCAAGGGAAGAUCCUCGAACUUCCGACCUGUACUUUCUGUUCGAAGAGAGAGUCCCUUUCGAAUAUCAAAUGGCCAUCGCCGAUCCGAAAAUGAAGAAAACAUUCGCUACACUUUUCACACCCAAAUCGAAGAAACGUACCACCUCACAACUUCACGCCCUCCCCGUUACGCCAGAAAACGAUUUUGACAGAAUGCUCAUGUCUCGAUCUCAAACACGUAAACUCACACUGGAUUCUGCAGCUCCCAAAGCCACUGUAUAUCAUAUGAAUGCCGAUCCUGGAUCACCUACCAAACCUGUUUCUCCAUCAAAGACAAAUACUUCCUCCAAGACUGUCCGUCCUCGUUCUAGAUCGGGAGUGAGAAGAGAUUCAGUGGAAGAAGCUAAGGUCCAUGAAGGCAAAGCGAGCUUUUUCGGAACGAAGACGGUGAGAAGGGUCAAGACUGAUGAGUCACAG